AAAAAGUGAGAAAUGUAUUCUUUAGUGUAUUGGAUUUCAACAAAAAAAUGUUCCGUCAUCGAAGCUGAUGAUAUUAAAGACGAUAAAAAACGGGGACUUGUAGCUCAGCGAGGGAAAAAUUAUUAUCCGGUUAAAGUUAUUAAACAAAGCAAAUUUAAAAAUUUAUUGGAGAAAAUUGAAGUCGAUUCUACGGGAAAAAUUGUUGAAAAAACCAAGAGAAAAUAUAUAAAAAAAUCAGAUAAAUCUAAGCCCAAAAAUGAAGCGGAUUCAACAGUAAUUUCGAGUAAAUCAAUCUUUAACGGUGUGUCGCCUAAUUCAGAAGAAAACCAAAAUAAUUCAACAAACAACGAACCAAAUAAAAAAAUAACGGUAGUAGAAGAUAAAGUUAUCCAAAAAAACAUCAAAAUGAUUUCGGAGAAACCAAAUGAAGAAUCCAAUAAAUUUGGGGAUGAUAAAAGUAUAAACGGCAGUAGUUGUGAGGAUGAUAAUACAAAAUAUAUACCUGAAAAUAACCACAUCCAUGGAUUAUCAAAAAAGAAGUUUAAGAGAGCUUAUGUGUACUCGUCUGAUUCGGAGAGUGAUGAAUUGAGCAAUGGGGAAAAAUCUAUCCAAAUCAAGGAUAAAUUUAUUGAAGAAACGAAGAAAAAGACUUUUCAGUCUCAAAAAGCUCUUCAUCCCAAAAAGUUAGCAAAAGUCACUAAGUCAGGAGUUAACAACGAAGAUGAUGCGAUUCCAUCCUGCUCUUUUCACAACCUGCCUCCAAAAAAUCUUGACAAAGUGGAAAAAAAUCUUGCAAAAACGGAAAAAAAUCUUGGAAUACUGGACAAAAAUUUUGAUACCUGGCCAAGGGUAACACUUGAAUACAUAAAUUUCACGGAGUGUUAGCUUCGACAAAUGAAAACACUCUUCGCUCGUCAGCAGCAAGAUCCUGCAAAGUUAGCGACGUCAAUAAACAUUGUUCCAGAAGUCAAUCAAAGACAAUAUAAGCAAGAAUUGAUGCCAGGAAGUGAUAUCUUGGUCAGUGCCACUUUUCUCGAAUAUUUAACGUCGAAAAAAAUGAGACGGAACCCAAAUGAGAUGACCAGAUCUUUGUUCAAAAAAAUUCUUGGGGUAGAAAAACUGACGGAAAUCGCGAUGACC